AUGCCAAAGUCUCAAGCUUCGUUCCGCUCCGUCACCUCCACCAACGAAGACGACGACGACGACGAAUACGAUGACCACGAGAUCAGCGAGCAGGAGGCUGAGGCCAUCCGAAAUGCAUACCGAAAUGCGUUCCACCCUCACACCUCCGAACUCUCACCCGUGCUUUCUCGAGAAGGCCGAUCUAGCAGACGAGAUCUCUCCACCAUGAACUCUGAAGGCGACUUGAGACUGCGACUGCCCCGAUCACAUGCCGACGAGACGACUGGACUGCUUUCCAGUCCCACUCACACUCGCAGUGGCUAUAGAGCCACCAGUGUGCCAGGCACACCACGGUACGGCCGAUCGCUCAGCCACGUGCAUUCCACUCGCGGCCUCAGUCGGAGAAGCUCUUUUGCGAGAGGGUUGAUGAGAGCUUUGGGCAGUUCAACGGAAGAAGAGCAGGUCGAAAACUUGAUAUCAUCCAAAAAGUCGCUCUACUGGGACGACCGUGUGUGGUACGAUCAGUUCACCUCUACGGAUUGGGUCCACGACAGUAUCGCGGAUACCUACCGAGUGAAAGAGCUACGGAGCCGAAAAGACUUCAAGGGUAGAGUGCUCGCUUCCCUCGACGGAGGAAUAGGAUGGGUGCUCGUCUUCAUCAUUGGGUGCAUCACCGCCCUUUUCGCCUACGCGAUCGAUGUGACUGAAGCCACGGUAUUUGACUACAAAAGUGGAUACUGCACAACACACUGGUGGUAUAGCAAGAGGAUGUGCUGUAGCGGCGCUAGCGUCUGCGACGAGUGGAGCAAAUGGUCACGGCUCGCUAAUCCAGAUGGGAGCGCGAACGUCUGGAUGGAUUGGGGCUUCUUCGUCUUGUGGUGCGUCCUCCUGUCAUGCCUCGCAUGUCUAGUCACCCUGCAGACCAAGACAUCAAUAUCUUCCGCCAUCUCGCUUUCCACGUUGGACGAGAACCUGGGUGCUGAGCACCACGGCAAUGGAAAGACUAACACCGAGGUCGGUGGAGGCACAAUGAGUCCAACCCGACGCUUUCAGGAGGCAGCCCAGCGACCGCCUGUGACCUAUUACCCAGCUGCUGGCAGUGGCGUAGCGGAGGUCCGCGUGAUUCUCUCCGGGUUCGUUCUGCACGGAUAUUUGGGUGUCCGCACCCUGUUCUGCAAGGCGAUCGGCUUGGUUCUCAGUGUGGCUUCAGGGCUCUCGAUCGGCAAGGAAGGCCCGUAUGUGCACAUUGCCACCUGCAUUGGCAAUAUCACAACGAGACUCACCUCAAAGUACCGGGAUAACGACGCCAAACGCCGUGAGGUCCUUUCCGCUGCGGCUGCGGCUGGGGUUGCCGUAGCCUUUGGCGCUCCCAUCGGCGGUGUGCUGUUCAGUCUGGAGGAGGUCAGUUACUACUUUCCGCCAAAGACGCUGUUCCGGACCUUCUUCUGCUGUAUAGCGGCAGCACUGUCGCUGAAAGCACUGAAUCCGUACGGCACACAGAAGAUUGUGCUGUUCGAAGUGCGGUAUCUCACGGACUGGAAGUCCUUUGAGAUCAUCGCCUUUAUAUGCCUUGGAGUCUUGGGUGGCGUUCUUGGAGCCUUGUUCAUCAAAGCUUCGCGGAUCUGGGCGAAGACUUUCCGCCGGAUCAGGCUGAUCAAGAACUAUCCUACAUUGGAAGUCUUCCUGGUCGCUCUUGUGACAGGUCUCGUCAGCUACUGGAACCGAUACACCCGACUCCCAGUAGCUGAAUUGCUCUACGAGAUGUCUGCUCCGUGCACAUCCUUCUCUGGAGAUGGAUCUGCUCUCUGUCCUACCGAAGAGUCGAUUCCGUCCACCAUCCAGUACCUCGUUGCAGCGUUCUUGAUCAAGGCGGUGCUCACGACUGUGACAUUUGGAAUCAAGGUUCCGGCCGGAAUCUACGUCCCUUCGAUGGUGGUGGGUGGUUUGCUCGGCAGAAUCGUUGGGCACAUUGUGCAGUAUUUGACACUGAAGUACCCCAACCUGGCAUUCUUCGCACACUGUCCUCACGAUGGCAAUCCGGAGUCGUGCGUAGUGCCAGGUGUCUACGCAUUGGUGGCUGCCGGUGCGACCAUGUGUGGUGUCACCCGCUUAUCAGUCACUCUAGCAGUCAUCCUGUUUGAGCUGACAGGCAGCCUGGAGCACGUGCUACCUUUCAGCUUGGGCGUUCUGAUCGCCAAAUGGACUGCAGAUGCCGUUGAGCCGCUCAGUAUCUACGACCUGUUGACUGACAUGAACGCGUAUCCGUACCUGGACCACAAGGUGCGACCCAUCUUCACGACCGACUUAGGAGACAUCGCACAGGAGCCGAAGCCAAACCGCUAUAUUGACAUAUCCGCAUCGCCAUGGGUUCCGGCAAAGCAGCUGCGCUUCAAGUUAGAGUACCUGCAUAUGGCAGGCGAAUUGGACGGAGGGCUGCCGAUUCUCAAGGACGGUGUUCUGGUUGGCAUGAUUCCUGGACCAGAUCUCGAAUAUGCUCUCGAUCGCGUACCGGAUGAAGAGGAUGCACUUUGCAGAAUGGACGCCCACGCUCAGAUAUCACAUCAUGAUACGCGCCCGGGUAGCGCCGUAGACGAUUAUGAGGAAGAGGGCUCCUCGACCGCACGAGACGAAGAUCCCGAUGUGGACGAAGCGCAGCGCCAGCAGUCGACCUCGUCAGAAGACCGAGACCCGACUGAUUUCACGCCUUACAUUGAUCCGUCGCCAGUGGCUCUGGAUGACACGAGUCCGAUGGACCUGGUGUUUGAGUGCUUCGUCAAGCUUGGUCUGAGAUAUAUCUGCGUUCUGCAUCGCGGCAAGUACGCGGGCAUGGUCCACAAGAAGACAUUUGUGCGAUAUGUCAAACACGUGCAGGAGGAGAAAGAAGGAAUGGGCUUGAUCGGGCGCGGUUCUUGA